CGUGCGACUACUACUAUCCGUGCUCACUCACCUACGCCAUUCGAGAGGGAUCCCUUACCACUCAAGCCCGGAAGCUCGGGCGCUCAUACGCUCUCUUGGUAGAAUACCUGCGAAACCUUUUAAGCAUUGCAUUGCCUUCUCCCAGAAUUCGGUUGCCUCACGCGAGCGCCAAGUGAUUCCGAAGAGACACUGAAAGAGGAGAGACUUGCUUGACAAGCGCCACUCCACGCGUUCAGCCGAGGCGACGACUGACGAAUUCGUCUUACUCUUCCUUCGUUCAUAUCCUUCACUACGACAUCUUCGAGACACUUGACAUUACGACUCCGAUUCGUUCUACUUCUAUUCGAUUGCGACGCAACAAUGCCGUCCAUUCUCAACGACGACGAUAAGGAUACCGUCAAGCGGUUCAUUCCAAAGCAGUCCAACAAGAUCCAAGCCGUCGGUGUUGCGAGACUCUAUGUCGCCUAUCCCAAUCGCUCAAAAUGGACUUAUACCGGGAUACAGGGGGCUGUUGCGCUCGUCAAUGAUCUAGUUGGAAACACGUACUGGAUCAAGAUGGUCGAUAUCUCGCCCACCAACCGAGGAGUUAUCUGGGAUCAGGAGAUCUUCGACACGUGGAACUACAACCAGGAUCGAACUUUCUUCCAUACAUUUGAACUCGAGGAAUGCUUGGCUGGUCUGAGCUUCGUCGAUGAGAAGGAGGCCAAACAAUUCAAAAAGAAGAUGGACGAGCGAGAAAAGAACGCAAGUCGAGCUACAAAGGCAACCCCCUUCGGAGGCGGAGCACAACCAUCUCAUAAGCAUGGGUUGCUGGGAGGACUGUUCAGCCAUCGCCAUUCCACUCAUCAUCCUACAGGCCCGACACCUCCGGAGUCUCCACGAAUGCCUGCAAACUCCAUUCAACACCACAUCAUUAACUCAACGCCCAAUCUCAAUGGUCAUAGACAGUCGGAGUUCUCUCUCUUAGAUGCAUUCGAUCCCCUUUGGCGUGAGCACUUUGGAGCGGAUCUUCAGGACAAGGGUUUGACAGAUGACUUCAUUAAGGAGAACCAGGAGUUCAUCGUGGACUUUUUGAGAGAGGAGCAGCAGAAGGCUUCUCAACCUCACUCAACACCGCCACCUCCUCCAGCGCCAGCUUCGCCUGCUAAUGGCAACGAUGGACGAAGCUCUCGAGCUCCUCCACCGCCUCCUCCUCCGCCGGCUGCAGGCCGUUCCCAAGACGGACCUCCUGCGCCACCAGCCCCGAGAAAAGGCGGACCCCCACCUCCUCCGGCCCCAAGACGAUCUGGCAAGGCCGAGACUGCACCUGAGCGAGCACCAUCGCCUCCUCGACCCAAGUUCGGCGUGCCUCCGCCAUUGGCAGAAGCAGGCAAGUUCGCUCACUCUGAGCCCCCACGAGCUGUUUCAGCAGCACCCAACCCCGGACCUCCCCCUCCUCCUCGACCAGCAAAGACUCCAAUAGACUCGACGAAGAACGAGAAUCAUAGGUUUGGAGUCCCUCCUCCUUUCCCUGGCUCAAGGGUACCUCCACCAACACCCAGCCGUGGAUCGGUUCCUCCACCACCUCCUCCGCGCAGCGAACCCCCUGCAGCUCUUCCUCCACCUCUGCCUCCAAAGGUACCAACAAGCUCAGCUCCACCACUGCCACCUCCAAGCACCCGGCCUAUACCUCCUCCCCCGGCCGCAAGCUCCCAUCCUCCAGCUCCUCCACCACUGCCUCCAACAACAAAUGGUGCACCUCCCCCACCACCACCGCCUCCUCCGCCUCCUGGAGGUCCUGCUGCUCCUCCACCACCACCUCCUCCCAUGCCACCAACUAGUGGUGCUCCUCCUCCUCCUCCUCCGCCACCCCCAGGAGGUCCCGGUGCACCACCACCCCCACCACCCCCUAUGCCUCCUGGUAGCGGUGCUCCUGCUCCCCCUGUUACAGGAGAUCCCAGCCGCUCUGCUGUGCUGGCAGGCAUUCAACAAGCUGGUGGUAUUCACUCUCUCAAGAAGGUUGAUCGUUCACAGAUUCGCGAUCGCAGUGGUGCUCAAGUUGGCGGUAGCGACGUUGGCGGAAACAGUGCUACAGCCUCAGCUGUUAGUGCUUCAGGUGGUGGCGGUGGCAUGGCUGAUGCUCUGGCGGCUGCGCUGCAGAAGAGAAAGGAAAAAGUCUCAAAGAGUGAUGAUGAAAGCGAUAACGACGACUGGUGAGGCAGAGUACUCAGCUGCAAACCUCAAGAGAAGGAAGAAGAGAAUUAGCAAACCAAGCCGGCAACAUGUCCUCGAUCUGGUGGUGAUUUGGGCAAUGGUGGUGAUUUGGGAUCAUUUUAGCUGCAGGCGUUUUCUCGGCCGCGGACUGAUGCAGUUAUUCAAGCCGCUUUACAUACUCAAAAGGCCAACGUACGUCCAUACCCAUCGUAAAUACUGGCACAGCAAGGUGCAGUUAUGGUUUCAAGGAAAAGCUUGCUUGGUGUUGAGGAGUUGUCCAAGAUCAGCAGAUUAAGAGAACAAAGAAUAAAGCAGGCAAUGUUAACCGUUGUUUU